AUGGUGGACAGGACCUUUGGUCCUGGUUUUCCGGGUGUUCUCUGCCUGCCAGACAGCUUGAACCUUCACAAAGACCAGCCAAGGUCAAACAAGCCCGGGGAAGUGCAGAUGUUCAGCCAGUCAGAGCUAAGGACCAUUGAACAGUCUUUACUUGCUACACGUGUGGGGAGCAUUGCUGAACUCAGCGACCUGGUGUCUCGAGCAAUGCACCACCUCCAGCCCCUCAAUGCCAAGCAGCAUGGGAAUGGGACGCCAAUGCACCAGAAGCAGGGCUCACUGUACUGGGAGCCAGAGGCUCUGUACACCCUCUGCUACUUCAUGCACUGUCCGCAGAUGGAGUGGGAAAACCCUAAUGUGGAGCCGUCAAAAGUCACGCUGCAGACUGAGAGGCCGUUCAUUGUGCUGCCUCCCCUGAUGGAGUGGAUACGGGUUGCCGUGGCUCACGCAGGGCACCGUCGCAGCUUUUCGGUGGACAGCGAUGACGUACGGCAGGCAGCGAGGCUCUUACUGCCGGGAGUUGACUGCGAACCUCGACAGUUAAAAAUCGACGACUGUUUUUGUGCAUCUCGGAAACUGGAUGCAGUUGCCACCGAAGCAAAGUUCAAGCAGGACCUGGGUUUCCGGAUGCUCAACUGUGGCCGAACAGAUCUGGUUAAACAAGCAAUAUCCUUGCUGGGGCCUGAUGGGAUUAACAGCAUGAGUGAACAGGGCAUGACUCCACUGAUGUAUGCUUGUGUCAGGGGUGAUGAGGCUAUGGUGCAGAUGCUGCUAGAUGCUGGAGCAGAUCUGAAUGCUGAGGUUGUCAGUACUGCUCAUAAAUACCCAUCCGUCCACCCUGAGACCCGCCAUUGGACAGCUCUGACAUUUGCUGUGUUGCAUGGACAUAUUCCUGUAGUUCAGCUGUUGCUGGAUGCUGGAGCAAAGGUAGAAGGUUCCUUGGAGCAUGGAGAGGAAAAUUACUCAGAAACUCCUUUACAGUUGGCAGCAGCUGCUGGAAAUUUUGAAUUGGUCAGUCUGCUGUUGGAGCGAGGAGCUGACCCCAUGAUAGGAACAAUGUACAGGAACGGCAUUUCCAUGACUCCACAAGGUGACAUGAACUCUUUCAGUCAGGCUGCUGCACAUGGACACAGGAAUGUCUUUCGUAAGCUGCUUGCUCAGCCGGAGAAGGAGAAGAGUGAUAUUCUGUCGUUGGAGGAGAUCCUGGCCGAGGGGACAGACUUGCCCGACUCAGCAGCAGCUCCGCUCUGCGCCAGCCGCAACAGCAAGGCCAAGCUGAAAGCCCUAAAGGAGGCCAUGUACCACAGUGCCGAGCAUGGCUACGUGGAUGUGACCAUUGACAUACGGAGCAUAGGUGUUCCCUGGACGCUGCACACGUGGCUGGAGUCCUUGCGCACGUCCUUCCAGCAGCACAGGCGACCCCUCAUCCAGUGCUUGCUAAAGGAAUUCAAGUCCAUUCAGGAAGAAGAGUACACAGAGGAGCUCAUCACACAAGGGUUGCCUCUGAUGUUUGAGAUACUGAAAGCCAGCAAG